AUACCAACCAAACCCAUAACAUACUCAACCACCAAAUUAACCCUCUCAAGUGCAAACUCCACCAUAACUUCUUUCUUUCUUUCUUCUUCUUCUUCUUCUUCUUCAAGCAAAGAACAUGGAACAAAUAGAGCAUCAGAAUCUCAGACCCUUAGGCCCGUUCUCAAAGUAUCAGUUUCUAAAGAAAAUGACCCAAUUGUUAGUUUCGCUUUCAGUUUUUUCUUUACUGCUAUCCAACUUAUCUUCUCGUCUUUCUUUUCUCCAUUCUUUCAACUUCUACUACUUCUCUACUGUCCCUGUCCAGUUUUUCAGCCACAACAUUGACAAGAAAUGUAUGUUCCUUCUCUGCAAUGGACUCCUCGUUUUCGUCGCGAAACUUUCAGGUUUCGUCAAUUCAUCAUCAACGAAUUCUUAUAACAACAUUGAGGCUAUCAAGAUUAACUAUGAGGAAUAUGAAGCUUCACCAAUGGUACUGGAGUCAAAAGUGACAUUGCUUGAGAAGGAAGAAAAUAACAAUGUUAAUGGUGAAAAUGAUCAAGAAACAGGAGAUCAUAGAGAAACCCAACAAGAAGAGUUGAAUGUAGAAGAUGGAGGAAAUCAAGAAAAGGAGAAUGGGUUCUUGAUUAUUGAACAAGAAGGGAAAGAAAGUGAAGUUUUUUUUGUUGAAGAAAAUGAUAAAGAAGAGGCUAUAGAGUUUGAUGACAAAUUUCCUGUCCUUGAUCAGGAAGAAGAAGAAUAUGAAGAUGAACAUGGCAUGUUGAGUGUUGAGGAAUUGAACAAGAAAUUUGAAGAAUUUAUUAGAAAGAUGAAAGAAGAAAUAAGGAUUGAAGCUCAACAGCAACUAGUCCUGGUUAAUUAAAUUAAUAAUCAUCUGAAAGCAAAAAUAUCAAGCAAGAAAAUAAAGAAGCAAGCAACAUUAUAGCUAGUAAUUUGUCUCUUAUAAAGCUUGUAAAUUAAGCAUUUCUAGCAGGUUCUCUUUUUGUAGAAAUUAGCUAGAUUUUCUAUCAAAAGUUAUAUAUAUUUUUUCUGUUU